AUGGACGACUACGGCUACUGCUACGACGACUGUUUUUCCGAUUUUCCGGGACCGUGUUGGGAACCCGCGGGACCCGAAGACUUCUGCGGCGGGCAAGUGUUGAGCCGGAGUGCAGACGAGUCGGCGGACGUCUCGGCCGGAACCGACUGCUAUUACAAUCACGGCCGACUGCGACUAAACGACGACGACGAGCACGCGCAUGGCCACGGCCACCACCUUCCGGCAGUCGCCAUGAUCGGUACGUGACAAUUGGAUUCACUUAGAUAAAUUUUGGAAUUUUUAUCGAAACAAUACGUUCAACCGGAUAUUAUCGCUCAGAUUCGUGUUUCUGUAGUAUGAUUCAUUUCAGACUGUCUGCCCCGCGCAGCUUUAUCCGUAAUGAACGAAAAAAAGCUGUCCUAGGAUAAUGGGGACGGUUGCAACCACUGUUGUAGGUGGGAAGUUGGAAAGGUAGGAUACAGAAGGGAAUUUAAUAUAUAUCUGUAAGCAACCAUAAACCAUUGCUAACGAAAUAACUGAUUCUGAGCGGAGUUGAGUUGAAAGUGUUGUUUUUUCAACAAUAUAUGUAUAUAUCAUAUUAUGGUAAAAUAAUUAAAUAUGCCUUAUAUAUUUUCUUUAAUAAUAUUAAUUGUUUAAUAUUUUACCGAUUUUCUCGUUUGUCUACGUUUUCCUCGCGUUUUUUUAAAUUUACUGGGAAAACUCUUGGGAAAAUCAAAAAAUGGUCGCCCUAAAGUACCUUCCUACUCAGAUUCAGCAAAAGUGCUAUCGUUGUAAGCCAAAGUAAAAUUGCUAGUAGAAAAGUUUUCCACAGAAAAAGAUCGUAAUAUUUUAUUAAUAUACAUCGUACAUUUUUCCGUUUUUCCUCCAUUUUUUCCGGUUUUUCACAUUUGAUGAAAAAACUCUUGAGAAAAUCGAAAAAUGAUCUUACAGUACCACCACAAGAAAAUUUCCUCUCAGAAAAUCGUCUGUAUCGUAUACAUCGGAGUAAGCUUUCUGGUAGAGAAAGUAUUUACAUAAAAAUAAAAUAAACAUCUUUGUAAAACCAAUACAUUUUUCGCUACACUCAGAAUCUAAUAUAUAGAUGAAAUGUGAGAUUAAAUGAGUUAUGGAGUUGAUAUUUUUGAUUUACGUCAAUCCGUUGAUGAGAUAUUCCAUUUUUAUGUUUGGAUCGGGGGAGAUUAGUGAGGUAUUAAAUCCCUACCCAAAUUUAAAAGUAAAAUGUGUCAUCAAUACGUUGACGGCAAUCAAAAAUUUCAACACCGAAAUUUAUUUUAAAAUGUUUAAUAUAGGUUGCAAUUUGAAAAUCACAUGUACAUAGUGAUUCUGUCCUCAACAAAAUAAGAGUAACAAAAAAUAACAUAAAUUGUUUCUUAAAAAUAUUAUAAAACAAAUUCCGAAAAAAGUUAAUACUUUUUCCGAAAUAUAGUGAGUGGAACGUACCAACCAAUAAGAACUUCACUUUUAUUAGAACCAUUCAAACGUAGAAUAUUUUGUAGACUAUGCUGAACAACAACUAUCAUUACUUUCCUAUGAUAUAAUAUAACCAUGUUUAAAGUACUUUAAGUGCUUAUCACAAAAUCAAAGUGAACCGUGAUGGUAUACUGUUAAUAGACACACAUAUAUAGCAGUUAGACUUCUUAUGCUGACAUGUUACCUACUGUGUUAUAAUCAGAAAGCUGAGUGUAAUAAUUAAUAGUGUAAAAUGCACGAAUGUUUUGUACAUUAGCAAUAAUUUUAGUGUACCGUUAAAAUGCAUGAACAGUUAUAUAAUACCAGUCGUAUGUAGUGUGACUGUAUGAGUUGUGAGUAAUGAGUAUCAAUAAAGGAACAAUAACAAUUUGUAAAAAUGUCCUUUUUUUUUUAUAAGAUACAUCUGAUCACCCUAUAUAUGAACAUACUAUUGUAUUAUAAUCAGUGUGUUAUGUUUUUUGUCACUAAAUCGUGACUUUACGAUCAAUGCGUACAGAAAAAAAAUAAAAUAAAAAAUAGUUGUUUUACUAUUUUGAAAUUUAAUUUACAUUGUAUUGAAAAAAUAUCACUUUCGAUAAAAGUUUAAUGCAGUCAUAACAUCCGUAUAGUCAUUAUAAAUACGUCACGAUAAUGGAUAAAAAUUAGUACACAUACAAUAUAGGAGUUUUGCAGGGACCUUCAAUCUUAGGUCAUUACACCCGAUAUGUCACUACAGCCGAUGUCAAAAAUCGGUAUAAAAUAAUAAAAAAAAAAAAUAAUAAAAAAAGUAAUACUGCAGAUAGGUACGUCACACUUGUAAGUGAAGAAGGUUGGUAGGCAGAACACAUAUAAAGUUAUUUAAAUUUAUAUCUGUAAGUAACAAUAAAUCAACGAAAAACGAAAAACUUCGGACUUGUAAUGAACCUGCUGUUAAAUUUUAAAGCAUUUCUCUUUAAUCUAACAAUUUUAUCCGCCGAGGACCUACCAAAUAUAAUGAAUUAUUUUUGGACAUUUUUAACAUUUUAUUAAUAGUUUUAGAUAUAAUAUUAUAAUCGAUUGGCAUCAGAAAUGAAGUAAACAAUUAUUUGCGGGUCUGUUUUAGACGACGAACAUGAUGGCAUAAGGUGUCGUAAAUCUCGAACUGCGUUCACGAAACAUCAAUUGGGAUGGCUUGAGGGAGAGUUUGAAAAGUGUAAAUACUUGACCCGAUUAAGACGGUACGAAGUGGCACUAAUACUAGGUCUUACCGAACGACAAGUAAUUAUUAAUAUUAUAUAUAUUUUUAUUAUUUGAAAUAAUCUUUACGAUGUUAAAAAAUCAUAUUUUUUUUUAUAAUAAUGGCUUAAACGUGGCCAACCAAGGACCGAGGACCGAAAACUGGAGUCCUAGGAUUUUUGUGAGGAGGGAAGAGAAAAAAGGAGAAUUUAAAAAAAAAAACACGUGUUUUCUUUUGGGGAAAAUAUAGAAUUAUUUUAUUAAUUUAUCAAUCAAAAGGUAAAAAAUAAGUUAACGGCAACAGAAAAGCACAGGGGCAUAAAAACUAUCACUUGAGAAAGAAUGGAUAAUAGGUACGAUUCUGACAUUAAUAUAUAUAUAUAUAAGAUUAUCAACAAAUAUUUACAAACGAUUUAUAUUUUAAAUACAUGUACAUUAACUGGGGCGCCAACCAGUCUUAAAAGUGUUGUCCGGACACAGUUAUUGACAUGACGGGGAGCGUGCAGGCCGAGACUUAUUAAUAUUUAUUGAUAAGGAUGAAUCCACAUUCACGUGUGUGUGCUGACCGAGAUGGGUAUUGACCCAGACGGACCCCCACGUGGAACUUUCGUGAGCACCUUGUGUAUUGGGGAGAUCCCGGCAGAAAUGUGCGGUUGCUAGGUGACACAAAUUACCACCGGGAAGGGUAGCGGAAACGCUUUUUAUUUCCUAUUGACUGGUCCGUAGUUUCGGUGGCCUUACGAGUGAACCUGCGAGGUGCGUCCGAAUAUGGAUCGCGAAAUGGGGAAGAUAAAUCAAUAUAUAUAUAUAUAUUCCUUUUUUAAAUGCUCACACACGUGGUUCCGAAACCUAAAACUUAGAGGAAUAAAAAGUAAAAAAACAAUAUGCGGGGGGUUUGGCUUAUCGCACAUAGUAUAAUGAAACGGAUACACGCAUACACGCAUCUAGCUGGUUGAUCCCCAUAAGUAUAUCGGAAGAAUUUAAUAUACGAGAAAAAAAGAAACAUUUUAGAUAUAUGUAUAUAAUAUAAUACGGGGUGAACCUUAACUGGAUUAUCUUAAAAACUAAUUAACUAACUAACGCUCUAUCGGCCAAUUAUUAAAUCACAUACAUAUUACCAUUCGUUCAACCCGAAGAUAUCCGCCCAGCGAAGCAGAUCGAGACUCACUUCAUUAGUUCGUUUGAGGGACCAUCAUGAAACGUGCUAUGGUAUACGACUUUUUCUUGACGGCAAAAUAUGUGAAUCCGUGUAAAACACGGGAGUGUUUUAUUAAGAGAACUGUAUCGAAAGACCGUCUGAUGAUAAAGUCUUGAUACGAGGUCUAUACACGAAAAAGGAAAGGAACGAACAAAAAAAUGAAAACUAGGUAGCGGAGCGCGGAGACGUUCGUGGCACACGUCGCCGCGGGUCGACAUUUUUCGCAAUAAGGGGAAACGUGAUAUAAUUGGCCGUUAACCCGUAGUCAGAAAUAUAAUAUUAUUGUGAAUUGCAAAAGAUUGCGAUCGCAUAAACCUUUGCUCGGGGGGGAAUUAUUGUUCAUGAUGUCAUAACAUGUCCGUCGACGCGGGCAUAAUCUAUUAGGUAAUCGACCAUAUUGAUUGUAGUAAUGCUUGUCCUUUGAUAAUGGGAAAUGAUCGUUUUUGGACGUUACACAGUUGAAAUUUCUUUUACCAAAAUUCACAAAAUGGUGUACACAAAUAUACGUCUUGAGCAGUUCAUAAUAGAAAUACGUUGUAAUACCAUGAUGCCAGUCAUACUUAGUGAGGUAGCCAAGAUUUUAGGGUUGAGAGGGAGGGGCAGCCUUCAAUAAAAACUUGUAUUUUGAAAAAAUUGUCUAGCAACGCUUCAAAGGUUUUCGAGAAGUUAUAUUCGAAAUUCGGUUAUAGAUAAAACUUACCAGUUAUUAAUUUGCUUGUAUCAUUGAUAGAAAAAAAAAAAAUCGUUUACAAUUAAUGUGAAAUAAACAAAUUACAAUAAUUAUUCAUUCAAACAGGAAAAUAAAAAAGGUUAUUUUGAAGAACCGAUUGCCCCCUUACCUCUCCCCCCCCCCACAAAUACGCCACUUCGACUAUAGUUAUGUAGCCGUGGCUCGAUGAAUCCUGUGGACCGUGUCAUUUAAAACGAAAAUUUCGAAAAAUGUCAAAUAUUCAUUCCAGUAGAAUAUAGUUUGUCGAAAUUAUACGAUAUUUUCAAAAGUUGGAUCGACAGUAAGUGUUAACAUUAAUGUUUUUUUUCAGGUCAAAGUAUGGUUUCAAAACAGGCGAAUGAAGAAAAAAAGACUCAACGGAGAAACCGUUUACUGA